CCUCCACCCCCUACCCACCCACCCUCGGUCCCCUCUUUCCCACCUCAUCUUCCCGCCUCGUACUCUUACACCACCAACACCUCAUUCUCGUCGGACUCCUUGAAGCCAGCCGACAGCACCACCACCAGCACCACCCGCUCCACCAUCACCGCCUCCUCGCCUCUCUCACGCCUCUUCCCUGAGCCCCAACCCCCCCCCUCGUUCCCAACUCCCUGGGGCCGCCCCUCUUCUAAGACCGACCCCUGUCCGUCCCCCGCGUCCCUCGUCAACCACCGCCGCCGUCGUCGUCACGAGUGCCGCCCCCGCCGCAUCGCGCCGGGCCGAGAACGAAGGGGGAAGGGGAGCGCAUGGCGGCGCCUCAGAUGUCAAGCUCGCAGAAGGCGCUUUGGCUCGAGUGGAAGGGGCUGCAGGAAGAGCCCGUGGAGGGCUUCCGCGUCACCCUGGUGGACGAGGCGGACCUCUACUGCUGGGAGGUGGCCAUCUUCGGGCCCCCCAGCACUCUGUACGAGGGGGGGUACUUUAAGGCCCAGAUGAAGUUCCCUCAGGACUACCCGUACUCGCCCCCCACGUUCAAGUUCCUCACCAAGAUGUGGCACCCUAACGUGUACGAGAAUGGAGACGUGUGCAUCUCCAUCCUGCACCCGCCUGUGGACGACCCCCAGAGUGGGGAGCUGCCCUCGGAGCGGUGGAACCCCACGCAGAACGUCCGGACGAUCCUGCUGAGCGUGAUCUCGCUGCUCUCGGAGCCCAACACCUUCUCGCCAGCCAACGUGGACGCGUCGGUCAUGUACCGCCGCUGGCGCGACAGCCGGGCCAAGGACAAGGAGUACGAGAACAUCAUCCGCAUGCGGGUGCUGGCAACGCAGGCGGACGCGGACCGCGAUGGCGUGAAGGUGCCCACCACGCUCGCAGAGUACUGCGUGAAGCCGCGGGCACCGCCCCCCCGAGACUCGACCUCCGACCUCCUCUACGACGACUUCUGCGAUGACCUCGAUGAGGACGACGACGACGACGACAACGAGGACGGAUACUACGACGGCGGAGACAACAACGACUCUGGCAACGAGGAGUCCUGACAGUGCGGCCCCGUGACCCAGCGACCUCUCCCUCCCUCCGCCUCCUUCCCCCCACCCCCCCCACCCACUGCUCCCGCCUGCUCCUCUCUCUCAACGCAGGGCGCUCAAUCCCCACAAUCCCCCCCGAUAUGCCGCCAAACCCGGGCCGACUGCGGCCAUUGUAAAAUACAUUGCGCGAUAACUAACAGUAAUGAUGGCUAACGAAUGGCGGCAGCGGCAAAGAUGCAAAGGAGGCGAUGCGAGUGGUGGUGGCGUGGGCAGCGUGAUUCACUAGGGUAGCUUUGCCCCCUCUCUCAUAAGCUCACCCCUCCCACCUUGACCCCCCCCCAAAUAAAUGACCUCAAAUCCCUUUUUAUAAUUUUCGCCAGCAACUCCAUCAGUCAUGACAACAGCAGCAGUAGCAGCAAGGCGCCUACAGCGCCCACAGGUUCCUCCCCCCCCCCCCCCCCCCCCCCAAUAUCCUGUGCGCAAUAUAAAUAAUAAAACAAACUUUUAAAGAGUAAGUUAGAAAUAAAAAUGUUAAGCUGACAAGGGCGUAUGUGAUGAGUGAACAGGCCAUCUCGGCCUCCGAGCGCUAGCGAGCUGGCGUCGCGCGUGCGCACCCAACGAGACCGCGCCCGUCUCGUUUCAACACUUUUGGUUUUGCGUCUGAUAUUUUAUUUCGUGAAGUGCUUCUGUUCCCAACCGUAACGUUACCGUCUCCUUUCCUCGUUGCGUUUUUCGAGAUUGUGCUCGUUUAGUAAAGUUUUGCGUUUAAAUUCGUCUGUUACCUUCUCUUCCUCUCUCCAUUCCAUUUCUUGGGCCCUAAGUCAACGCGUUGGAGCGCGAGGGAGACCCAGGGGUAGAGGCCAGGGCGCGGGACGCCAAGGAGUGAGAAUCCGGUGACCUUUGGGUUGGUGGGGGCCACCGCGGGGACACACGUGGCCUCGACCCCUCCUCCCGGAAGUCGACCCCCGCCGUGCGAGUCGAGGCACUGUCGUGCUUUACAAAGCUCUGCGUGCCCCGCGUGGCUUAAGCCUCCCUACGCUCAUUGGGUCUUCCUUGCCUCCGCCGCAAUCUCGGGGCCGCAUUCGAGUGACGGACUAGUGAGAGUGUUCAUGUACGUUUGACUCUGUUGACACGCACGCAUACACACACGCACGCACGCAUACACGCACGCGCACACACAUGCAUGCAUACACACACACACAUGCGCACACACAUGCACGCGCGCGUUUAUGCACAGGCACGUCUGUACCCGCCUCCGUCUUAGACCUGUGGCUGUAAAUAAAGGACGUCGAUCCGCCCAGAGCUCCA